AUGGCAUCAUUCCCUGGGGUAAUCAGUCAUCUACCUGGUUGCAGGUUGAUUACAUGGGACCACUUUCGUCAGGAAAGGUCAGUGCUUUGUUCUUACUGGGAUAGACACUCUGCAUACAGAUUUGCAUACAGCAUUGCUUCUGAUCAAGGAACUCAUCUCAAAGAAAAAUGAGUAUGGCAAUGGGGCCAUGCUCAUGGAAUUUACUUUUCCCAUGUUCACUAUCCUGAAGCAGCUGGCUUGAUAGAGUUAGGAUGCCAUUUGAAAACUAAGUUACCAUACCAGUUAGGUGGCAGUUCCUUGCAGAGCUGAGGCAAGGUUCUCUUGAGGACUGUAUAUGCUCUGAAUCAGCAUACAGUAUAUGAUGCUGUUUUUUCCAUAGUCAGGAUCCAUGGAUUCAGGAAUCAAGGGGUGGUGGGAGUGGCGCUACUGACCAUUACCUGUAGUAACCCACUAGCAAAAUUUUUGCUAUCUGUUCCUGUAACUUUAUGUUUUGCUGGCCUAGAGGUCUUCAGUCCAGAGGGAGGAAUGCUUCUACCAGGAGACACAAUGUUUCCAUUAAACUGGAAGUUAAGACCUGUCCACUGUGAACUCCUCAUGCCUCUGACUCAACAGGCAAAAAAGGGAGUUCUUGUGCUGGCUGGAGUGAUUGAUCCUGAUUAUCAAGGAGAACUUGGACUGCUUUUCUACAAUGGAGGUAAGGAAGAGUAUGUCUGGAAUAAAGGAAAUCCCUUAGGUUGUCUCAGUAUUACCAUGCCCUGUAAAUACGGUCAACUACAGCAACCCCAUCCAAGUAGGACUAAUGGCCUAGACCCUUCAGGAAUGAGUUGGAUCACCCUGCCAGGUAGUGAACCAUGACCAGCUGAGAUGCUUGGCGAAGGCGAAGAGAAUACAGAAUGUCUGGUAGAAGAAGGUAGCUGUAAAUAUCAGCUACAACCACAUGACCAGUUACAAAAAUGAGGACUGUAA